AUGCCUCCUGUAUUCCCCCGAUUCGAGCGACCAGUCAAGGCCGUGUACCCCGUGCCUUCCGAAGACCUACCGCACCUAGGGGAGAGCCACAGCUUCAAGACCAUGGCAAUAUGGAAUCGGAAGGGAGGCGUCGCGAAGACCACCAUCACUCGUUCCCUCGGCUUCACCCUUGCCUUGAAGGGUAAACGUGUCCUCCUGGUAGACGCGGACCCACAGUGCGACCUUUCCUACCUGCUCUUGAAAGAAUGGGUGAAGAAUAAGCAGACAUCCGAAAACAGAGGCCGGCGAGGAAAAUUACGACCUCUUCUUCAAUCACCAGUUCUUCAGGUGCCGGGUCGCCCAAACAUGAAGAACAACAUCAAAGACGCUUUGCGUCCGGUUCUUGAGCCUGCUGGCAGCGAUAGUCCAAUGGUGCAGUGGGGUCCAGCUGACGUCACCAAGAUUCCGUUGCCUGAAGGCUGCCAAGGGGGGCUAUUUCUCCUACCCGGACACGAGGGUCUGGUUGACUACGAGCAAAAAGUCACGGUCGCCUACGGGACCAACCUCCUGGUCGAGGCAAUAGCUCCGGGUGCAUGGAACAAGCUCAUGGCGUUGACCGCGCGCAGUUGCGGGGCAGACAUCGUCCUCGUCGACUGCAAUCCCCACAGGGGCAAGCUCAACAUGCACAUCAUCCUGACGUCCGACUACCUCUUCCUGCCGUGCACGCCGGAAACGUACUGCCACAACGCCAUCAAGGCUCUUCCCUUCAUCAUGGCAGACUGGGUCACCACGCGGUUCAACGCCCGCAACACGGCCAGCCACGCCGGGCUGGCUCGAGACGUGCAGAUUCCAAAGGAUAACCCUCGCAUUCUGGGAAUUUCGGUCAACAGGUACACGCACAUCAGGAGCAAGCCGGCAAAGAACUUCAGAUACUGGAUGACUCGAAUCGAAAACCAGCUACGUGAAAUCAGCCAGGACAUGCACAAGAUCCAGGGCCUCGCUGGCAUGGCCGGCACGCCCGGCCAACCCGAUACCUGGCCUUCGAUCCUCGCGAAGGUUCCUGAGUUCAAUCAAUUCAGUGCGUUGAGCCACUUCUAUGGCCUUCCCGUGAUCGCCCUGGGCGCAAACCUUAUGGGCGUCUGGAACGAGGAACACGCGGAGGUGCAAAAGUUCACAGGGAAUCCGAGGCGAGACAUGAACAAGAAGGUUAUCUUCUUCCAGGGGGUGUUCAAGAAAUUUCUGGAAGAGAUCGGCCGCAAGGGUCAGAGCGGCCCCCUCCUGGUUGCCCUCGACGAAAUUGACGAUGUGCCGGGUCGCCCAAACAUGAAGAACAACAUCAAAGACGCUUUGCGUCCGGUUCUUGAGCCUGCUGGCAGCGAUAGUCCAAUGGUGCAGUGGGGUCCAGCUGACGUCACCAAGAUUCCGUUGCCUGAAGGCUGCCAAGGGGGGCUAUUUCUCCUACCCGGACACGAGGGUCUGGUUGACUACGAGCAAAAAGUCACGGUCGCCUACGGGACCAACCUCCUGGUCGAGGCAAUAGCUCCGGGUGCAUGGAACAAGCUCAUGGCGUUGACCGCGCGCAGUUGCGGGGCAGACAUCGUCCUCGUCGACUGCAAUCCCCACAGGGGCAAGCUCAACAUGCACAUCAUCCUGACGUCCGACUACCUCUUCCUGCCGUGCACGCCGGAAACGUACUGCCACAACGCCAUCAAGGCUCUUCCCUUCAUCAUGGCAGACUGGGUCACCACGCGGUUCAACGCCCGCAACACGGCCAGCCACGCCGGGCUGGCUCGAGACGUGCAGAUUCCAAAGGAUAACCCUCGCAUUCUGGGAAUUUCGGUCAACAGGUACACGCACAUCAGGAGCAAGCCGGCAAAGAACUUCAGAUACUGGAUGACUCGAAUCGAAAACCAGCUACGUGAAAUCAGCCAGGACAUGCACAAGAUCCAGGGCCUCGCUGGCAUGGCCGGCACGCCCGGCCAACCCGAUACCUGGCCUUCGAUCCUCGCGAAGGUUCCUGAGUUCAAUCAAUUCAGUGCGUUGAGCCACUUCUAUGGCCUUCCCGUGAUCGCCCUGGGCGCAAACCUUAUGGGCGUCUGGAACGAGGAACACGCGGAGGUGCAAAAGUUCACAGGGAAUCCGAGGCGAGACAUGAACAAGAAGGUUAUCUUCUUCCAGGGGGUGUUCAAGAAAUUUCUGGAAGAGAUCGGCCGCAAGGGUCAGAGCGGCCCCCUCCUGGUUGCCCUCGACGAAAUUGACGAUGAUGAAAGCAAGAAUGGCAGCAGCGGAGGAGCAGGCUCCAAUAACGCCUCCCAAGACGUCGUCUACGUGGGCGGCAGCGGAUCUGGCGCUAGCGCCGCCGUUGGCGGAUCGAGCUCGAGAGGAGGAAGGAGCACCGGUGGGGGGUCGCGUGGGGGGCGGAACGGCCGUGGUGGCAGCGCCAAUCGUGGAAGGGGCACCAAUCAGGGCAGGGGAACUGCUGCCUCGAACAUGACACCCCUGUCGGGGAACAAAAGGGGGAGGACCGGGAGGCCUGAAUAA